AUGCGGACGCGCGCGCAAGGCGAGGCGGCGGCGGUCGAUGUGGCCUACCUCGCGACGGCAUACGGCGUGUCCGAGGUGGACAUCCAGACACUGAUCGAUGCGCCCACGACAGAUCUCGUCAACGACUUCUUGCAGUCUGUCGCCGCCAAGACCCAAGAAUUCGAUGCGCUGAAGGCGGAGAAGCUGAAGGUGGAUGUCGAGCUAGACAACACUGUUCGCACUUCAGAAACGAAAAUCAGAGCACAGAAGGCUACUGUCACCAAGGCUCACAAGGAAGUUGAGGAAUUGAGAAUUAAGCUGAAUGACUCCGAAGCCGCCCGGGAGGCUCUUUCCACCGAGCUCGAACAGCUGCGAUCAUCUUCUUCGGGGUCAACGGCGGAGACACAGGCUUUGAGACAAAGAAUCGAGAGUCUCGAGACGUCAAAUCGCGAAGCAUUGGCCCUCGUCGAGUCCAAGUCCGCUGAAAAGGAUCGCAUCGCUCAGGAGCUAUCGGAGCAGCACUCAAAGAUUUUGGCGCUCCGACGCGAAAUUAGUCAACUGGAGGAAAAGAACCAAUCGCUGGAGAAUGCUGCUGCCUCGCAAAAGUUCAAGGAACAGUCGCUGCAACAGGAAAUCGAAUUGCUCAAGAAGAACAACGAGUGGCAUGCCAACGAGCUUCAGACGCGCAGUCAGGAACACACCAAAUUCCGGAAGGAACGGAAUGCACGCAUCUCCACUCUUGAACGCGACCUGGAAGACGCCAACGCCAACGUCGAAGCUCUGAAGCGCACCGAAACGACCCUCCGACAGCGACUAGACGAUGUGCAAGCUAAGGCCGACGAAGCUUUCGCACGCAUUGCUAGUUUGCAAGAAGAAGCCGCUCGGAAGGAGCAAUCAUUCAAGACUGAGCUCGAUAGUGGCAAGCGACUCGGAGAACUGCAGGCACAGAGCGCAGCUACACACAAGGCUCGUCUGCAGGAGGUGCAGGCUCAAGUCGACCGUGUCAGAGACGAAGCUGCUGAUGAGAUUGGCCGCUUGCAGGCAGAGAUUGAGACAGAGCGCGGAGACAAGGAGACUGCAGAGCGUCGCGUGGCUGAGCUGGAGCUGACCGUCGAGCGCCUUGAGCAGCAACCUCGUCUCUCACGACCCGGUACUCCGUUGCGAAACGGCGAGCCACAGACCCCAGGCCGUUAUGGCUCCCGUGCAGGCUCGCCAUCUGCAAUGCCGGGCUCAAUGCGGAAGGUAGUCAAUGGUCUCAGCUUCACUCAACUCUACACCAAAUACACUGAAGCUCAGGAGGAACUGGAGGCUGAGAGACGCCGGACCGACAAACUUUCAACUGCACUCGACGAGCUUGUAACGGAGCUUGAGACUCGCAAGCCAGAAAUUGAAGACCUCAAGGAAGAACAGGAACGCCUGGAAAACGAAGUGCUCGACUUCUCGCGUCUCUUGGACGAAGCCAAUGAGGCUCGCGACACUGCCAUUAGAGAGUCAACACGCUGGCAAGGUGAGGCAGAGGCCGCUUUGCGCGAGAGUGCAAUCAGGCAACAACAGCUGCGAGAUAUGUCUGCUCAGAUCAAGAUCCUCCUCGUUGAAGCUCAGAGUCGUGAACAGGGUCUGGGUGAGAUGUCAGCAGACGAACGGUUGGAGUUGGAGCGUGCUGCCCGCGGUGAGCUUGAUGACGACACUCUCGAUGCCAUGACAAGCACUGGGCGGUUGAUCUCUGAGCGUCUCGUCAUCUUCCGUGGGGUGACAGAUCUUGCAUCGCAGAACGAGAAGCUCUUGCGUCUGACUCGCGAGCUUGGUGAGAAGAUGGAAGGAGAUGAGGCACGCGACAAGGCGCGACAGUCGGCUGCCGAUGCCGAGGAGCUGGAGAGCUUGAGACAGCAGGUGGAGCGAUACAAGGACGAACUGCAAGUCACGGCUACUCAGAUCGACAGCUACAUGAAGGAGCGCGACAUGUUCCGACGCAUGUUGCAGCAUCGCGGACAACUCAAUCCUGAUGCUAACCUUCAAUCGUUGUUUGGACAGAGCGUUGCGCCUGGCACACCGAUGCGCAACAGUGUGGGUCCGCCAGCAACACCACGCAGCAAAGAUGUCGAUGACCUCAACAAGCUACUCAAGGAGCAGCAAACGUUCUUCGACCAGUUCCGGAAUGAGUCGGUCACCGAUCGACGGCAACUCAAGGAGCAGGUCGACAGUCUGGCACGAGAGAAGAGCACGCUCCAAGCUGAUCUCGCUCGCGCGCAGUCUCAGCUCACUCUGGCCUCUGAGCGAUACGAUAUGCUGCAGUCAAACUUCACUGCAUUGCGUAACGAGAACAACGAGUUCCAGAAGCGCUCACAACAGUUGGCUGAGCAAGCCGCAAAGCAGGAUCUCCGUACUCAGCAAGUGGCGGAAGAGCUCGUGGAGGCUCGAUCAAUGGUUGAGUCUUUGCGGAACGAGAAUGCCAACACGAAAGCCGAGAAAGAGCUCUGGAAGCGCAUUGAGACUCGGCUCAACGAAGAGAACAGGACUCUUUUGGAUGAUCGAUCUAGACUAAACAAGCUGGUCACCGAUUUGCAGAAUCUUCAGAACGAGCGAGAACUGGAGACAUCUGAGACACGCCGUCGCCUACAGUCACGCAUUGAUACGCUAGAGUCCGAGCUUGGCGAGACCAAGAAGAAGCUUAAUACUGAAGUCGAAGAUAGCAGAAAGGCUGCCUUGAGACGCCAGUACGAGGAAGGUCAAAGCAGGACCCGCAUCGAUGAUCUUGUCAAGAGCCUUGGCAAUGUGCGCGAAGAGUUGUCUGCUGCCAAGACUGCUCGCGAUCAACUGCAGACUCGGGUUGAUGAGCUGAAGAUCGAGCUCCGUUCAGCUGAAGAGAAGGUGCAGGUUCUCCAGCCUCAGCCUACGCCCCGUGCAGAGCCCACGACUGCUGGACAGCAGCAACCGAACGGCAGUGGCGAAGAAGUCCCAGCAGAGCAGCGACUUGCUCUCGAGCUGUCCGAUCUUCGUCGUGAUCUGGAGCUAUCCAAGACCGAGCUGGAGAAUGCGAAGCAGCAGGCCGAGCAAUUCCGAGCCAUUGCACAGACUACUGAAGAGGAGCUUGCCAACCUCUCGGAGACCGCUGAUCAGUACAAGGACGACACCGAGCAGCUCAUUGCUGAGAAAGACUCCAAGAUCAAAGAGCUCGAGCAGCGCAUUGAAGACCUCAACUCUGAAUUGACAACCACAAACACGGAGUUGUCCGAACUACGCAGCAAGGCAGACGACAAUGGACGCCAGCUCGCCGACCAGAAAGCUUCUUUCGAGACAACUAUCAAGCGUCUCGAAGAUGACAUUGCGAAAUAUCAGGCGGAAGUCAAGAUGUCUCAGGCCGAUGUCAAGACCCAGGCCGAGAUCGCUAUCCAGGCACAGGAGAACUAUGAGAUCGAAGUGCAGAAGCAUGGCGAAGCUACAAAAGUGCUGCAGGAAAUUCGUAGCGAGUAUAACAAGGUUCGCACGGAGGUGGCCGGUGCCAAAGCUGAGGCCGAAGCAGCAAAGAUCAGCCUGCAGCAAGCAGAAGAGAGCUGGGCUGAGCAGCGCGAUCAGUUCGAGCGCGAGCUAGAGGAAGUCAAGAGGAGGCGCCAAGACACCGAUGAGCAGAACAAGCUGCUUCACCAGCAGAUGGAGUCGUUCUCAAAUGAGCUUGCUGCGCUUCGUCAAGGUCGCGCCGCUGCGCUUGCUGAUGGUCAAACUCGCGAAGGCACGCCAUCAACUUCUGGAAACGACAGCAAUCUCCAAGAAGUCAUCAACUACCUUCGACGCGAAAAGGAAAUUGUCGAUGUCCAGUAUGAGCUCUCGACCCAAGAAGCCAAGCGUCUGCAACAACAGCUUGAAUAUGCUCAAAAUCAGCUGGAAGAAGCUCGGCAGAAGCUAGCGGACGAACGCAGACAGUCUGCUGAGAAAGCUAGUGCCGAAAACAGCACCAACAAGCUCAUGCAGACCAUUGAAGAGCUCAACACGUACCGCGAGGCUACAACAACACUUCGUAAUGAUGCCCGACAAGCAAGAGAGAAGCUAGAAGAGAAGACCAAGCAAGUCGACCGCCUACUCGAAGAGAUCGAGCCUCUGAAGAGCCGUGUUGGCGAACUGGAGGGCGAGCUAGAGAGCAAGGACGGAGAGAUGAAGUUGCUUCAAGAUGAUCGCGAUCAUUGGCGUGAACGCACUCAGAACAUCAUCAGCAAGUACGAUCGCGUUGAUCCUGCUGAACUUGAAGAAAUGAAGAAGCGCCUCGAAGAGCUCAAAGCCGAAAAUGAGCGUCUCGAGAUUGAGACAUCUUCGGUAGCUGAACUACGAGAGCAAGUCAGCGGUCAUGAAGCCUUAGUGGAGGCAUUGAAAGCAGACUGGGAGACGAGGAGACUUAAACUGAUCGAUCAGUCCAAGACAAGAAAUACUCAGAACAAGAACGAGAUCAAUGAAUUGAAGCAGAAGCUGGAGGUGGCUGAGAACAGCUUGAAGGAAGCGCAAGACGCCUUAGCUUCUGCUAAGUCCGAGCUCGAGCAGACCAAGACGCAGCUCGAACAAGCCAAUAUUGCGUUGGAAGAAGCCCGCACGAAGCCCUCGAAACCAGCUGACGACGAUGCUGAGGAAGGUGAAGUUGAUGAAGAUGGAGCAGCUGCAGGUCAGAAUGAGAAGCACGCAGCGCUGCACGCACGCAUUGCUGAGGCCGAAGCAAACGCCAGCGAACACGCGAGCCGUGUCGAAGGCUUGACCAUUGAAUUGCAGACAACUCAAUCGCGUGUGCAGGAGCUCGAAGGCCAAGUCACCGACCUUCAGCAGCAGCUGAGCAACGCCAAGGAGAAUCCCACCAGCGACCAAGCGGCACGGAGCUCAGAGACGCUUGACAAGCUAAAGCAAGAGCUCGCAACUGCUCAACAGGAGGUCGAGACUCUUCGUGCGAAUGCCGCAAGCGCCUCGGCUCAAUCAACGGUCAAUGCUGAGCCUGCACCAGGCGGGAAGUCUGUCGCGGAUCAAGUCGCAGAGGAAGUGGCGAAACUCCGUGCAGAGCUCGAGCAACAGCAUGAGCUUGCUAAGACCCAGAUGGAGGAGGCAUACAAGCAGAAAUCCGAAGCGCGGGACAGAGGUCUGAGGAAGCAGCUGAACGAUGGCAGGGAGCGGCAACGCAUUGAAGCACAGAAGGAGCUGCGCGAACAGUUCGAUCGUGAGAUGCAGCAGCUGAAGGAUGAGCACAAUGCUGCCCUCGAGAAGCUUAAGGCCGACCACCAGGCUGAGAUGGAGCGUCUGAUCAAGGAAGGGAAGGCCGGAGCCAGUCAAGUCAAUGCUUCUAGUGCCAGCGAUGGCGUGAAGUCUGAAGGCGGAACUUCAACUUCUGUCGAUGGUCUAGACCUGGCCAAUCUGGAAAUCUCGGAGCCCCAAGUACGAUUCUUGAUCCACAAUAAUCGAUCUGUCAAGGCAACAGUCGCCAGCAUUCUCAAGUCGAAUGUGGAAAAGAAGACGAAUCAACUCAAUGAGCAGAUCGCGGCAAAAGACGAAGAGAUCAAGAAGUUUACAGCAGAGCUCGAGGCCGACCUCGAGCAAAAGCUAGCAGCCGCCGAACAAGCCAAGGAAGCAGCUGUUAAGCAGGCUGUUGAUCAACUCAACAUGCGCAGUAAGCUUAUGAUCAAUCAGAAAGAGAUCGCUCAGGCCAGAUGGAACGCUAUCGCAAAGGCGGCUAAGGAGACUCCUACAAUGCCAGUCAAGGAGGCCUUUGAUGUGGCAGCCCAGGCGAAACCUCCUGCCAAGCCUGCAGCGGGUGCCUCAAGUGCGGCAACUACUCCCGCGAAGCCUGCUCCUCAAACCCAGUCGCCCAAGACAACAACUGCCGCACCGAACCCUCAAGCAGCGGUUUUCACGCCCAACGCAUCUACCAGCUCAAAUGCCAGCGCUCCCGUCGCUGCCAACGCUUCCAAGCCAAACGCACCCGUAGCUCCUCGCGCUCAAACAUCCGGCAUCCCUGCUCCAGGCGGCAGCAAACUCCCUCGUGCCCCGAGCCGUCGGCCCAGUACCGGCGAAUUGUCAAUUCAGGGUGCUGCGAGAGGCAAUCAUUCCGGCAUCGCUCGGGGAGGUAGCGUUCGAGGUGGUCGUGGAGGAGGCCUUCCUCGCGGCGGCGGGCCUGCAUCGAAUGCUGGUGUCAAGCGCAGUCACGAUGGCGCCGAACCCAUUGCCGGUGGCGAAACGAAGAGACCUCGUGGUGGAGGUGCUGCGGGUGGUGGAAGCUAGGAUUCUUCUUCGCCUGGUAGAAGAAAGAAGCCUUCGCGUCGGUACUAGGUAGAGAGACACGGGUAUAAAUUAAAUUUGGGAUGGUGUGGCGUAAUGGGUGGUGGGUGAGAAAGAAUGGAACGGCAUCGCUCAAAGGACGAAAAGCAUUGUAGUGUGGAUAUCGGUUAGCUUGUAUGUUAUGACUAGACUAUGAACCUCGAGAGUCUUGUCUUGCUUCAGGAUGAGAGAAUGUAAGCGUGUGUAGAUACUACGAUACAUGUUUCGAGCU